GUUAACUGGCUAGGGGGAUGGAGGUAGCUAGUGCUAGCUAACGUCAGCCAGCCAGCUGAGCUCCUGCUGGAAGAUGUGACUCCCCCUCUCUCCUGCUCGUUUGCUGUGUGUCCAUCAGGGUGGAUCAAUGCUAGUCUCCCGUUUCAUACAAACUCACAUUCUCUCUCUGUCCGCCUGCGCUCUCUUUCUGUAUACCUAGGGGGCACAUCCAGAAGAAAGACCCUCUCACCUGGCUCCUGGGGAGCCUGGAGCUGGAUAUGCUGUAGUGGGAAAGACUGGCGUUUGGACGGCCGGGCUGAAAAUGCCGUUGGAAGUGUAAAAGGUUGAUUAUUCACAUCCUUUCUAGCUGCUCCCUUUCUACGCUGCCAAGCUUGUUGCCUUGCUAAGCGGCCUAAAACACACAAAAUGUCGACCAGAACGCCAUUGCCCACUGUGAAUGAGCGCGACACCGAGAAUCACACGUCCCUCGACGGCUACCACGAGCCCCAUGUCCCGCCGUCCAAAUCCAGCAGCCGGCAGAGCCUGCCGCGCUGCCGCAACUCGGUGGCCUCCACCACGGACGAGUCUCCGCACGUUGGGAACUACCGCCUCCUCAAGACCAUCGGCAAGGGCAACUUCGCCAAAGUCAAGCUGGCCCGGCACGUGCUCACGGGGCGAGAGGUCGCCGUGAAGAUAAUUGACAAAACACAGCUGAACCCUACUAGUUUACAAAAGUUUCACAUCUUGCAUUCUAAGCAGCUCUUCCGCGAAGUCAGGAUAAUGAAGAUCUUGAAUCACCCGAAUAUCGUUAAAUUAUUUGAAGUUAUUGAAACGGAGAAGACACUUUAUUUAAUAAUGGAGUACGCCAGUGGAGGCGAAGUCUUUGACUACUUAGUUGCACAUGGGAGGAUGAAAGAGAAGGAGGCGAGAGCGAAGUUUCGACAGAUUGUCUCUGCAGUGCAAUAUUGCCAUCAGAAGCGGAUCGUGCACAGGGAUCUCAAGGCGGAAAACCUGCUCCUGGACGCCGACAUGAACAUCAAGAUCGCCGACUUUGGCUUCAGCAACGAGUUCACGAUCGGGAGCAAGCUGGACACCUUCUGCGGCAGCCCGCCCUACGCCGCGCCCGAGCUCUUCCAGGGGAAGAAGUACGAUGGGCCCGAGGUGGACGUCUGGAGCCUGGGGGUCAUCCUCUACACGCUGGUCAGCGGCUCGCUCCCUUUUGAUGGCCAAAACCUAAAGGAGUUGAGAGAGAGGGUUCUGCGUGGGAAGUACCGUAUCCCUUUCUACAUGUCCACAGACUGUGAAAACUUGCUGAAGAAACUCUUGGUUCUGAACCCUUGCAAACGAGGCAGUUUGGAGCAAAUAAUGAAAGACCGGUGGAUGAACGUGGGCCACGAGGAAGAGGAGCUGAAGCCGUACAUUGAACCGGAGCCAGAUUUUAAUGACACCAAAAGGAUAGAUCUGAUGGUGACGAUGGGGUUCCCGAAAGACGAGAUCACGGAGUCGUUAGUGGGACAGAAGUACGACGAGGUCAUGGCCACGUACCUCCUGCUGGGACGGAAACCUCCCGAGUUUGAAGGGAGCGAGUCUCUCUCCAGCAGCAACCUGUGUCAAAGGUCGCGACCCAGCAGCGACCUCAACAACAGUUCCACACAGUCCCCAGCCCACUCCAAGGUCCAGCGCAGCAUAUCGGCCAACCAGAAGCAGCGGCGGUUCAGCGAUCACGUGGCGCCUAGCAUCCCGCCGGCGGUGUCCUACACCAAGCGGGCCCAGGCCAACAGCGUGGAGAGCGAGAAGAAGGAAGACUGGGAUGCCUCCCGCAAGCUGGGCACCUCCAGCUCCAAGGAGAUGCCCGCCUCCCCGCUGGCAGCUCAGGAGAGGAAGAGGUCCUCCACUGUGCAGGGGAGCAGCACGGGGACCGGAAUGACCCGGAGGAACACGUACGUGUGCGAGCGCUCCAGCACAGAGCGCUACUCCGCCAUCCCCAACGGCAAGGACAGCAGUUUAACGGAGAUGUCCGCCUCCGCCGGCGGGACGUCCCCCUCUCCGGGUGCCUCCGCAGCAGCCUCCACCCGGCCUCGGCACGUCAAGUCCAUGUCCGCCUCGGGCCACCCCGGCAAAGCCACGCUCCCGCCCAUCGAGGACAACAGCGAGUACAGGCCAGGCUCCACGCCCCGGGCGCCGGCCGCCUCACCCUCCGCCCACAGCAUCAGCAGCACCACGCCCGACCGAAACCGCUUCCCGCGCGGCAGCUCCAGCCGCAGCACCUUCCACGGCGCCCAGCUCCGCGACCGCCGCAGCGCCACCUACAACGGGCCGCCCGCCUCGCCCACGCUGUCCCACGACACGGCCGCCCUCGCCCAGGCGCGCCGCGGCACCUCCACCGGCAUCAUCAGCAAGAUCACCUCCAAGUUCGUGCGCAGGGCCCCGAGCGAAGGCGAGGCCAGUGGCAGGACAGACGCCCCAAGGAGCACCUCUGGUGAGCCCAAGGAGCCCAAAGAGGAGAGCAAGGACUCCAAGCCCCGGUCGCUGCGCUUCACCUGGAGCAUGAAGACCACCAGCUCCAUGGAGCCCGGGGACAUGAUGCGCGAGAUCCGCAAGGUGCUGGACGCCAACAACUGCGACUACGAGCAGCGCGAGCGCUUCCUGCUCUUCUGCGUCCACGGCGACGCCCGGCAGGACAACCUGGUCCAGUGGGAGAUGGAGGUGUGCAAGCUGCCCCGCCUCUCGCUCAACGGCGUGCGCUUCAAGAGGAUAUCGGGCACCUCCAUCGCCUUCAAGAACAUUGCAUCCAAAGUCGCCAACGAGCUGAAGCUGUGAAGAACGGCAGGGGAAGAGGAGAAAAAAGUGAAAAACCGAGAAAACGGAACAAACGAAAAAGACUUUUGUUGAUGGGAUCAGGGUAGAUUCACAGGUGGUGUAAAGUGUUCACCAUAUCGAAUGUACUGGUACUUGAGGUUACUGCUGUAUUAUUUGGCCAGUUGGGGACAAAAUAAUGGAAAUCCCCCCCCCCCCCCCCCCCCUUCAAUCCUCUUGCCUCCGUAACCAUUUCACCAAUUCAACAUAAGUGAUUAAAACUGACCCUCAUUGCAAUAAGGUUGA